AUGCAAACAUCUCCAAACUGUGAUAGUUGGCAAUUCUCUAGGAAGCAUAUAGAAGAUCAGUCUCCAUCUAGAAAGGACGGACUGUCGUUGAGACGGGAAAAUUCGCAUCGUCGCUUGGCCCUCGCCUUCACACAAGAUGUUGGCUGUCUGCUUAAGAUGGACCAGUACACAAUCGCUACAGCCUUCGUCUACUGGCAACGGUUCUUCAUUAUUCAAUCCUUGUCCAAGAACGACCCAUAUCUUAUCGCAUCCGCAUGCCUGCUUCUCGCUGGGAAAGUCGAAGAGAACUUCAAAAGUUUGCAGAAGAUAACGGAGAUGUCAUUCUAUGUUCGCAACAAGAAGGAUCCGAAGGCCUUGGAGUCGAUUAAGAGCACUCCCAAACUCUUAUUGGCGGAGAUGGACAGGGUAGUCAAGGCAGAAGAAGCUCUUCUUGUUACCAUGAAUUUUGAUUUUUUCGUCAGUCAUCCGUACAAGCCGAUUUGCUCCGUGGUGAAGGAGUUUGGUUUCACAAACCGCCAGUCUGAAAGGGACCGCACUUUCUUUCAGAUCGCGUGGAACUUCGCCAAUGACAGUUUGCGGACCACGCUCUGCCUUCAGCCGUUUCGGCCGAUGGACAUUGCGGCAGCUUGCGUCAAUCUUUCAGCGACUGCCUUGAGUGUCCAGCUUCCGAAAGCUGCUGAAGGAGCACCAUGGUGGACCAAGUACGGCGUCUCUCCAGAGACACUUCAAGACGUCGAGCUGCAGAUCAUGUCCUUGUACAAGAGGAAGGAGGGCGAUAGCCAAACACCAACGUCUUGCCUUUCUCUUCCAGCCACUCCAUCGAUCAACGCCCCUCCGGCGAAGAAGCAAAGGACCGAGACCCCGAGGGGUUCUGGCAUGGAGCUUUCAGAGGAGUUGAUAUGCAGACUGGAGGAUGUAGAAGUGCACAGGCCAAAGCGUACAGCAGCAAACGCUUUUGUUGCCUAG